CACUGUGCAACAGGUAAAGUCGCUUUUACAUUCCUGAGCCUGAGAAACGAACACGGUGUUUGAGUUUCUUGGGAAAGUACGGAAGAAGUGGUUUGACAGGUGCACCGAAUGCUAUUUUUGUUACGAGCAAACGUUGAAUUAGAAAAUAAUCGUCCAUUGAGUUCGCUGUGUGGUUUGGUCGUCGGACACCUAUAGCGGAGAGCUCUCUCUGUUGUAUUGAACACCUAUUCAGCUGUCAUGUCGCGGCACAGGAGACAGGCCAGCAUCGAACUCUUGGAGCUGAUGGGAGUGGUGAAGGAAAAUGGGUACCAUUUUGAUAGUCCUGAGACUUCACCACUACUUCCCUCAGUGCGUACUCCACUGUCAUACGACUAUGUCCUGGUCGCUAAGACAGUGGAUGAUCCGGAGAAAGAUACAUUCAAGAUGCAAGAGGCCUUUAUCGAGAAACUAAAGAUGAAGAACUUGAAGAUAACAAAAAUUAUAGACGACACUGUUGUCUUCUACGGUAUCCAAGCUCCAAACGAAGUGUUUGAGAAGUACAGGUAUCUACUGAAGGUGUCUGAUGCCUGCAACUGGAGUGAACAGCAGGGAAAUAUUCCUCUUUCCACCAGGAUCCGCAUUGUUCACUUUAUCCUGAGUCAUGUCUUCCUUAAUACAGGAGAGAACCUGUUUGAACUCUUGAAGAAGAAAGUGUUUGAAGCAAAGUUCUGCCUGCAUGAGAGGAAAACUCAGAAGGAACUGAGGAAAAGUUGGGCCAGAUGGACAGCCUGUUUCCGGGGACAACCAAUCAAUGAUGUCAGGAACUACUUUGGAGAGAAGGUGGCUCUGUACUACCUGUGGCUGGGCUGGUACACCCUUCUGUUGCUCCCUGCUUCUCUGUUAGGGGUCGUUGUCUUCCUCUACGCGCUGGCUUUCUACAACACCUCGCCACUUAUAAAGGAGGUGUGUGAGUCUAACACGAUCAUGUGUCCGCUGUGUGACAAGAGAUGCAAAGUGUGGCUACUCAGCGAUACCUGCCUCUAUGCCAAGGUCAGCAUCCUAUUUGACAACGAGGGGACAGUUAUGUUUGCUAUGUUCAUGGCAGUAUGGACCACCUUGUUCCUGGAGUUCUGGAAACGACACAGAGCCUCCUAUACAUGUGAAUGGAAGGUGUUCGACUGGUGUGAGGAGGAGGAGGAGCUGAUCCUGGAGAUAGUGAACAAUGCAGAAUGUGCGCCUAAGGAACACAAGCACUCCUACCUACGCAGCACCCUGGUCCUAAUCCUGGUCACUCUUAUACUGCUGCUGAUCAUCGGCCUGGCCCAUGCCCUGGUGGUGUUCCGGGUGGUUGCCACGGUGAUGUUGGCUGAAGGAUCAUGGGAGUUCCUGAGUGACCACUCCAACACGGCCGCUGUGAUACUAGGAGCAGUGCUACACUACUUCACCAUCACCAUUAUGACACGGGUCAACAGGAUUGUGUCGCUGAAACUCUGUGAUAUAGAGGAGAAUCAGUCAUUUGCUGCCUCUGAGAGAAGCUUCACCGUCAAGAUGUUCACCUUCCAGUUCUUCACCCUCUUCUCCUCUCUCUUCUACGUUGCCUUCUUCCUGGGCAGGAUAAAUGGACACCCCGGUGGCUACGUGCGGAUAGCAGGGAAGUGGAGGCUGGAGGAGUGCCACCCCAGUGGCUGCCUCACAGACCUUUUCAUCCAGAUGGCCAUCAUUAUGGUUCUGAAACAAACCAUCAGCAACGUCUUUGAGUUCGGUGGUCCCUGGUUCAACAGGUGGCUAAAGAGGCGGAGGACUAAGAAGCUACAGAGGAAGUGUCCCCACUGUUACAAGAAGGAAGACCAACAGACCAAUCGGUGGCAAGAGCUGUGUGAGAUCUGCAAGCUCAGUGAUUGGCUAAGAAACUACCGUCUCAACGACGUGAACUCUUUCAGCCUCUUCAAUGAGUUCCUGGAGAUGGUUCUCCAGUUCAGUUUCACCACCAUCUUUGUGGCUGCGUUCCCCUUGGCUCCCCUGCUGGCCUUGAUCAACAACAUCAUAGAGAUACGCCUCGACGCCAUCAAGAUGGUCAGUUUGGAGCGCAGGAUGGUACCCAAGAAGACCAACGACAUCGGUGUAUGGACAGACGUGUUGGAGGCUAUCGGUGUGUUGGCAGUCAUAGCCAACGGCCUGGUUAUUGGGAUAUCUUCAGAUUUUAUCCCCCGCCUUGUAUACCGCUACAAUUAUGGACCGUGUGCCAAUGGAACAGUCACGGAUAUGGAUUGCAUGGCCGGCUACAUCAACAACAGCCUGUCCACAGUGUACAUGAACGACCAGAGAAUCUAUAAUGAGUUCUCACCGGACCAGAUGGUGACGCCUAGUGGACAGAAUGUCUCCUACUGCAGUUAUAAAGAUUAUAGAAGUAAUGAAGACUACAGCUUGACUCCUCAGUUCUGGCUCAUUUUAGCCGUGCGCUUUGCUUUUGUCAUCCUAUUUGAGCAUGUGGUGGUCAUAUGUAAGUUCGUCACAGCCUGGUUUGUUCCCAGCGUUCCCUUGGAUGUCAAGAAUCAAAGGCUCUUUGAUAAACUCAACAGGUUGAAGGAAGAGCUCAGCUCAUCGGAGGUAUGACGACAUCGCCACAGUGUUUGGAGCAUUCUGAUGUUGACAUAGUGACGUCUGAAAAACACAUGGACACAGUAUCCAUUCAGAUGUGACUGAUUACCAGCACUAUGGAGGACAUGUUUGUGUGUAGAGAGAGAGAGAAAGGGAGCGCUUAUCGCCUGUGUUUUAUUGGUUUGUAUUUGUUGUUUUUGUGUCAGAUGAUGUCAGAGUGCUGGCCAUGUGACUUCUGACCCUAGAUAUAGUUAUUGUUUCUUAUAAGAGAGAAAAAUAUAUAUAAAAUAUUGUCUUAAUGUAAACAGACAACACUUGUAGAUGUUUUUUUUUUUUUUUUGUAUUUCAUGAAGUUGCACUAUUUUUUUUUUGUAUUUUUGUUGUUGUUGCUGUUAAAUCAUCUUGUUUACCAUUCAGUACAGGCAUGUUGUGGCAUGGUAUGCAACAUAGUGGUAUGUUAUGUUAAGUUAUAGUGAGAUACUUAUGUUUAUCAACUGUGGACAGGAAAUGUAAUAUAUUAUUAUAAGCACUGAGAUAUGAUUCAUGUUAUGAGACAUAACACGUUCACUUUAACUUAACAAAAGAGACACCGUAGUGGUUAGAGUGUUGGGCCAGUAACUGAGAGGUUACUAGAUCAAAUCGCUGAGCUGACAAGGUACAACAAAUAUGUCAUUCUGCCCCUGAACAAGGCAGUUAACCCCGGCUGUCAUUGUAAAUAAGAAUUUGUUCUUAACUGACUUGCCUAGUUAAAUAAUGGAUAAAAUAAACAUGUUAAAUAAAACAUCACUUUGUACCUGGAUGGAUGGGGGGCUGAGUCAUGUUAAGGAAAUGGAAACUCAGUCACAUUACCUUUUUGUUUUAUACAGUAUAUUCAUCACUUCUGGUCAAUGUAACUUGAUAAUUGUUCUAAUUAAAAAGCCUGUUCAGA